AUGGAGCAUUUUCUGCAAUCAAUAAGUGAUAUCUUCUGGAACACAUUUAUGAUCAUUUUAAUCAUGGAAUUAGUAAUUGGAAAUUUAGGAAAUGGAUUCUUAGUACUGGUGAACUGCAUGAACUGGGUCAAGAGAAAGAAGAUCUCAUUCAUAAAUCAAAUCCUCACUGCUUUGGCAACCUCUAGAAUUUGUAUGUUCUUGUUAUUGUUUAAAACUUUAUUAAUUUUCUCAAUGUAUCCAGAUUCAAUAAGGACUUCAGGGAUGACACAAGUUCUUAUUAAUUCAUGGAUGAUAGUCAAUCAUUUUAGCAUCUGGCUUGCUACAUGCCUUGGUGUCUUUUAUUUUCUCAAGAUAGGCAAUUUUUCUAACUUUCUUUUUCUUUAUUUAAAGUGGAGAGUUAAAAAGGCAGUUUCAGUAGUAUUGCUGGCAUCUCUGGUUCUCUUGUUUUUAAAUACUUUACUUAUCAACUUGGAAUUUAAUGUGUGUAUAAGUGAAUAUCAAAGAAACGUAUCCUACAGUUUUGCUUCUCAUUAUCAGGCACAGUGUCACAGGCAUGUGUUAAUUCUUCACACCACUUUCCUGUUUGUACCCUUUGGUGUGUGUCUGUCUUCUUUCCUCCUGCUCAUCUUCUCCCUCUGGACACAUCACAAGAAGAUGCAGCAGCAUGCCCAAGGAUCCAGAGAUGCCAGAACUACAGCCCACAUUAAAGCCUUGAAAACUGUGAUUGCCUUUCUCCUGCUAUACACCAUUUUUAUCUUGUCUGUGUUAAUACAAAUUUGGAAAUAUGAGUUGACAAAGAAAAACCUUUUCAUUUUAUUCUGUCAGGUUGUAUAUAUAGCUUUUCCUUCAUUCCAUUCGUGUGUCCUGAUUCUGGGAGAUAUGAAGCUGAGACAAGCCUCUCUUUCUCUAUGCUGUAGAGCCUGGAAAGCAGGCUCAAAAAUAUGGAAAUCCCAGAACUUCAGAACACUAGAGAUCAUGUUGUAUAUUCUAGGCAAAGAUUAA